UCAAAAGCAGUUCCCCUCUGGACUCCGUUCAGUCCUGGAGGUCCCCAGCAUUUGUCGGUCCCCAGGGAGGGAACUCGGAGCGGGGACCAUGUGGCUGUUCCCACCUCUGCUCCUGCUCCUUGUCCCAGGCUCAGCAGCUGUCAUCACGGGUCCAGAAGAAGUGAGAGGCCCUGAGCAGGGCUCACUGACUGUUCAGUGUCGCUAUGUCCCCGGGUGGGAGCCCUACGUGAAGUACUGGUGUCGAGGAACUUAUUUCCGUAACUGCAGGAUUCUUGUUAGAACCAGUGGAUCAGAGCAGGAGGUGAAGAAGGACCGUGUGUCCAUCAGGGACAAUCAGACCAGCCUCACCUUCACCGUGACCAUGGAGAAGCUGAGGCCGGAGGAUGCAGGCACUUACUGGUGUGGGACUGAGAAAAAUGAAUCUGACCUUGGGGUCCCAGUUAAUGUGACUAUUGGCCAAGGCUCAGCAGCUGUCAUCACGGGUCCAGAAGAAGCGAGUGGCCCUGCGCGGGGCUCACUGACUGUUCAGUGUCGCUAUGUCCCCAGGUGGGAGCCCUACGUGAAGUACUGGUGUCGAGGAGCUCAUUUCAGUAACUGCAGGUUCCUUGUUAGAACCAGUAGAUCAGAGCAGGAGGUGAAGAAGGACCGUGUGUCCAUCAGGGACAAUCAGACCAGCCGCACCUUCACCGUGACCAUGGAGAAGCUGAGGCGGGAGGAUGCAGACACUUACUGGUGUGGGAUUGAGAAAAGUGGAUAUGACCAUGGGAUCCCAGUUAAAGUGGCCAUUUUCCCAGCAGCCACUACAGUGUCGACCACCCCCACCACCACCAUGUCCACAGUGCCAGUCACCACAGAAGCCUCUACAAGCUCCCCGACUGUGAGCGGCCUCCACCCUGAAGGCAGAGCACCCGGCAGCUCUCACAGGGCUUUCUUGUCCAUUGUCCUGUUCAACCUUUGACCUGCCGACGACCCCUCCUGAGGAGGAGGGGCAGAAAUGCACGUUCCCAUUUCACAGAGGGAGACACUGAGCCUGGCUCCUGCUUCCCAGCGCCCUGCCCAGCCCUGCAGCUCGGGGCUCUCUGGGCGCUGAGGGGCCCCUUUCCUCCCCUGCCCACCCUCCCCCGCCCUCUGGGCUUUGCGUCUGCACCUGCUGCUGGCCUUCCCACCCAGUCCCUGUGGGACCUCCCCUGUCCCUCCACCCGGGACCCCUCUGUCCCCUCUCCCCUUUGCCUUCUGUUUUGACUGUUGCUUUUUCUUGACCUGGUUUUAAUACACAAAAGCAAGAAGUUUUUCAUUUCGUAAAUUAAAAUCAGAUGUAAGUACCAGCUGGGGUCUUUGAUCAGCGUUGGGUGGGUAACUCAUUCAUUUCCGGAGUGGAUAACUGUUGAGCACCCCCAUGUCUGUCACCGAUUUAGGGAACACAGGGGAUGGAGGGGGAAGAAAACAAUCAGGUGCCUGCCCUCCAGGCACUUACAAUGGAGAGAUGAUUAAUGUGCCACAGAUUUAGUUAACUAACUGAUAGAGGAGUAUAUUGUGUAAAAUUCAGUGAACAGUGAUGAAUGAGAGACACUUCCUGCUUCAGUCAGCUCGGGGACCAUGACACAGCACCUCAGUCUGGAUGGUGUGAAUAGCUGAUGUUCUCUGUGACAAUUCUGGAGCCAGCCAUGUCUGUAUCCCUGUGUCGCAGGGCUGGCUUCUCCCGAGGCCUCUGUCCUGGGCUUGGGGACAGCCGUCUUCUCCUGGUGUCCUCCCAUGGUUUCCCCUUGUGUGAGUCUGUGUCCUAACUCCUUCCUCCUCUUCUAAGGACCCCCAUCAUUCCCCUCCCCCCUAGUGGAGCAUGCAAGGGUGAGAAUAAUAAGGAUGAGGGAAGAGAGUUGGGACAGGUCAAGGCCAAUGUCAGCCUGGGGACCCGGGCCUGCCCUCACAUGAAUCAUUGGAACCCACAACCUGGGAGAGGCUGAACUGGGAAGAGGGUCCUGGGAGGCAGCUCACUCCUGUCAUCGUGUCCC